AUGUAAGAAGCAUAAAAUAAUUCUUAAGAUUAUAUCUAUGAAGGAUUGUAGAAGAGUAUAAUGGAAAAGGAUUCAACUGAAUCAGGUUCAGAAGUUGUUGAUACAUAAGGAGAAUAAAGCAAACAUAAUGAUUCAAGUGAAAUGCAAGAUGAUGAGUCUGAUCCAAUACAUUAAGAUCAGACGAUAAUGAGUGAUUUAUAAUAAAAUGUGAAAGUUGAUGAAUUUGAUGACAAUUAUAAGAAAUAGAUGUAGGUGGAUAUAGAAACUUAUUAAGAAAUGAACUUUUAGAAUAGAAAGAGUUUUGAAGUAAUUAAUUAGGAGUUAUCAAAUAUUUGUAAUAAUUCUAUUAGGUAAUAAAAUUAUAAGACUAAAAACGAAAAUAAACUAAUAGAAAAAGAAGUAUAGAUAAUAAAUGAUUAUCAAAUAAGUGAAAAUAUUGAUAAUGGGAUGGAAGAUAAAUUAAUGAGGUAUAAUGCUGAAAAAAUCGAAGUAUUAAGUAACGAUCAAACCAACUAAAUUAUGAAAGAGGAAAUGAAUAAUAAAGUAUUGACAAAAUAGAAUCAAGUACAAAAUGUUGUAGAAUAAUUAUAAAAUUAGGAAAAUGUUAUUAAUUUAUAUAAAUAAUUAUUUGAAAACUAUUAAGUAGAAGAGAAAUCAGGAUUAUAGGUUGAUAUGAAUAAUGAAGUUAAUAAACCAGAAGAAUAAGCUUGUAUGAAUAAUGAAGUUAAUCAACCAGAAGAAUAAGAUGAUAUGAAUAAUGAAGUUAAUCAACCAGAAGAAUAAGAUGAUAUGAAUAAUGAUGUUAAUCAACCAGAAGAAUAAGCUUGUAUGAAUAAUGAAGUUAAUCAACCAGAAGAAUAAGCUUGUAUGAACAAUGAAUAUAAUCAACCAGAAGAAUAAGAUGAUAUGAAUAAUGAUGUUAAUUAACCAGAAGAAUAAGCUUGUAUGAAUAAUGAAGUUAAUCAACCAGAAGAAUAAGCUUGUAUGAAUAAUGAAGUUAAUCAACCAGAAGAAUAAGAUGAUAUGAAUAAUGAUGUUAAUCAACCAGAAGAAUAAGCUUGUAUGAAUAAUGAAGUUAAUCAACCAGAAGAAUAAGAUGAUAUGAAUAAUGAAGUUAAUCAACCAGAAGAAUAAGAUGAUAUGAAUAAUGAAUUUAAUCAACCAGAAGAAUAAGCUUGUAUGAACAAUGAAGUUAAUCAACCAGAAGAAUAAGAUGAUAUGAAUAAUGAUGUUAAUCAACCAGAAGAAUAAGAUGAUAUGAAUAAUGAAGUUAAUCAACCAGAAGAAUAAGCUUGUAUGAACAAUGAAGUUAAUCAACCAGAAGAAUAAGAUGAUAUGAAUAACGAUGUUAAUUAACCAGAAGAAUAAGCUUGUAUGAAUAAUGAAGUUAAUCAACCAGAAGAAUAAGAUGAUAUGAAUAAUGAAGUUAAUCAACCAGAAGAAUAAGCUUGUAUGAAUAAUGAAGUUAAUCAACCAGAAGAAUAAGCUUGUAUGAAUAAUGAAGUUAAUCAACCAGAAGAAUAAGAUGAUAUGAAUAAUGAUGUUAAUCAACCAGAAGAAUAAGCUUGUAUGAAUAAUGAAGUUAAUCAACCAGAAGAAUAAGAUGAUAUGAAUAAUGAAGUUAAUCAACCAGAAGAAUAAGAUGAUAUGAAUAAUGAAUUUAAUCAACCAGAAGAAUAAGCUUGUAUGAACAAUGAAGUUAAUCAACCAGAAGAAUAAGAUGAUAUGAAUAACGAUGUUAAUUAACCAGAAGAAUAAGCUUGUAUGAAUAAUGAAGUUAAUCAACCAGAAGAAUAAGCUUGUAUGAAUAAUGAAGUUAAUCAACCAGAAGAAUAAGAUGAUAUGAAUAAUGAAGUUAAUCAACCAGAAGAAUAAGAUGAUAUGAAUAAUGAAUUUAAUCAACCAGAAGAAUAAGCUUGUAUGAACAAUGAAGUUAAUCAACCAGAAGAAUAAGAUGAUAUGAAUAAUGAUGUUAAUCAACCAGAAGAAUAAGAUGAUAUGAAUAAUGAAGUUAAUCAACCAGAAGAAUAAGCUUGUAUGAACAAUGAAGUUAAUCAACCAGAAGAAUAAGCUUGUAUGAAUAAUGAAGUUAAUCAACCAGAAGAAUAAGCUUGUAUGAAUAAUGAAGUUAAUCAACCAGAAGAAUAAGCUUGUAUGAAUAAUGAAGUUAAUCAACCAGAAGAAUACGAUGAUAUGAAUAAUGAAGUUAAUCAACCAGAAGAAUAAGAUGAUAUGAAUAAUGAAGUUAAUCAACCAGAAGAAUAAGAUGAUAUGAAUAACGAUGUUAAUUAACCAGAAGAAUAAGCUUGUAUGAAUAAUGAAGUUAAUCAACCAGAAGAAUAAGCUUGUAUGAAUAAUGAAGUUAAUCAACCAGAAGAAUAAGCUUGUAUGAAUAAUGAAGUUAAUCAACCAGAAGAAUACGAUGAUAUGAAUAAUGAAGUUAAUCAACCAGAAGAAUAAGAUGAUAUGAAUAACGAUGUUAAUUAACCAGAAGAAUAAGCUUGUAUGAAUAAUGAAGUUAAUCAACCAGAAGAAUAAGAUGAUAUGAAUAACGAUGUUAAUUAACCAGAAGAAUAAGCUUGUAUGAAUAAUGAAGUUAAUCAACCAGAAGAAUAAGCUUGUAUGAAUAAUGAAGUUAAUCAACCAGAAGAAUAAGAUGAUAUGAAUAAUGAUGUUAAUCAACCAGAAGAAUAAGCUUGUAUGAAUAAUGAAGUUAAUCAACCAGAAGAAUAAGAUGAUAUGAAUAAUGAAGUUAAUCAACCAGAAGAAUAAGAUGAUAUGAAUAAUGAAUUUAAUCAACCAGAAGAAUAAGCUUGUAUGAACAAUGAAGUUAAUCAACCAGAAGAAUAAGAUGAUAUGAAUAACGAUGUUAAUUAACCAGAAGAAUAAGCUUGUAUGAAUAAUGAAGUUAAUCAACCAGAAGAAUAAGAUGAUAUGAAUAACGAUGUUAAUUAACCAGAAGAAUAAGCUUGUAUGAAUAAUGAAGUUAAUCAACCAGAAGAAUAAGAUGAUAUGAAUAAUGAAGUUAAUCAACCAGAAGAAUAAGAUGAUAUGAAUAAUGAAGUUAAUCAACCAGAAGAAUAAGAUGAUAUGAAAUAAGAAGUUUUAUAAUCAGAUCCUAUGUUUGAAUAAACAUAAUAGGAUAUUUAAUUAAACCAAAUGAUUGAAAUGAAAAACAAAAAUGAAUCACCAGAAAACUAGGUUAAAUAAAAAACUUAAGAAGAAUAGGAUGAAUAGAAAAAUGAUUCUUAAAAUAUUGAAAUAGAAUAAUCUCAAUAAUUGUUUGUAUCCAAUCAAAAAUAAAACAAUACAUGCCAUUACUUUAAUAGUUUGCAAGCCAAAUAUCUAAAAACAAAAAACGAAAUUUCUCAUUAGUUCAAUUAUCUUAAAAGGAUAUUAAACCCAUUCUUCAUUAUUUAUUUAGUUUUAUCCUUUUUUUAUACUAUAUUAUCGACUUUGAAGAUAAAGGCUACAACAAAAAUAGUAUCCUCAACUUUUUCAUAAUUAAGUUUUAAAAAAUGUGUGAAUUUACCUGCUUUUGUCAUAAUUAAAUUUUCGAUCUGCAUCAAAGAGGAAAAAUUAAAACAAUAAUCCAAUAAAUAGAACCUUAAUAAUACUAAAUUACUCUAAGAAUAAGGAUUAUUUAGGAAGUUGGUUUUCAGAAAUAUGUUAUUUUAACUUUGA